AUGGGCAGGUUCGUGAGCGUGAGGAGUGCUCACAGAGAGGAGGCCGUGGUGCGGGGGGCCGGCGGUGCAGGGGGGCCCCGGUGCACGGGGGCCGGCGGUGCGGGUGGCCGGCGGUGCGGGGGUCCGGCGAUUCUCUUCGUCCCAGCACUUUCCUGUUUCUUGGUUUUAAAGAACAUAUUAUUAGGCAAAUCUCAAGACAAGUCCUUUGGCCAGCACGAAGUAUUCACGGUGGAGCAAAACGGGUACAAGUUCCUCUACUGCUCCGCACGGGCCAUCGGGAUGGCGGACAUGACGCGGGGCUACCUGCACUGGGUCAACGAGCGGGGCACGGUGCUGCCACAGGGGCCGCUGCUUCUCAGCCCUAGCAGCCUCUUCUCCGCCUUGCACAGAGAAGUGAUCGAAAAGAAGCCAGAGAAGUUUAAAGUCCAGUGUUUGACAGACAUCAAAAACUUGUUUCUUCCAAAUACAGAACCCUUUUAUGCUGCUUUUGGAAACCGACCAGCUGAUGUGUACUCGUACAAGCAAGUGGGAGUGUCUCUGAAAAGGAUAUUCACUGUCAAUCCCAAGGGAGAGCUGGUGCAGGAGCACGCGAAGACCAACAUCUCCUCGUAUGUGAGACUCUGCGAGGUGGUCGACCACGUUUUCCCCUUGCUGAAAAGGAGCCAUUCUUCCGACUUUCCCUGCUCAGAUACAUUCAGUAACUUCACCUUUUGGAGAGAACCACCGCCACCCUUUGAAAACCAGGACGUUCAUUCUGCAUCAGCAUAGUACGUUCCGGGCCACCUCCUGACAGCCUGCGAAGAUCAGGUGCCCCCAUUAAAGGAUAGGUCUGGGAACCUGCAGUCAUUUGCUUAAGAGCAGAGGGGCAUUUCUCUCCCGGUCCCCCUGGCCGGGGUUGACAUUUCUGAGUGAUGUGUACGUCCUAGACGGGGCGUCGGGUGCGUCCCUGGUGGGGAGGCCGUGCCCGGUUGAGGCUUCAAGCCCGUGGCAGCGCUGCCCUCCCCAGCCUGCUGCGGGCUGGGAGCGGUUAGUGUGCAAGAUGGGCUGUGAGGCGGGGGUCCCUGGGAUGACGGGAUCCAAGGAGGGGCGCCAGGUGUGCAUGGCUUCUGGGAGAAUGGGGGACACGUUUGUGCCACGUGGAGGGCUGUGCAGGGUCCUGUGACCUGAAUCUGAGGUCUCGGAAGGGACUCCAAACCCCACCGUUCUGGGCCUUGACCUUGCGGAUGUCCCCUUGUGGUAUUUGCCGACUGGUCUGCUGUUUUUAAUUUCUCUGGUUAAAGCUAACCUAUAUAACUGGCAUAUUUUCCCCUAUUUUUGUGGCACAAGGCUGGAAUAUUUAUGCCUUAACGCACCAUGGCAGACGUUUUCUUUAGAAUGUGCUUUGUCCAGCUCCCUGUAACUCUGCGAUGCCUUAAGUUCAGACUAUAGGAAAUAUUAAUUACUAAGGCGGUAUUUCGAAUCAGUUCGACACUCUGCCAGCAAACUGUCCAGCAACGCGCUGCUGAAAACGUGGGCUCGCACAGAGCUUAUGCCAAGUGGUGAUGAUGUCAGUUUCUUUUGGGAGCUCUCAACAGAAACUGGUUGGUUUUAAGAGAAUAGUUUGAAGAAGUUAAAUUAUAUUCUUUGUAGAUAGUAUUAUUUAUUACCUUACUCUGAUUGGGUUACUAUUAUAAGCAUUUUAGCCAUGUUCUUUCUAUUAUAACUGUCAGUAAUACAUUAAAAAGAUAUACGUGUUAGACCAUCCAAAGAGCCUUACUCUGUAAUUCUCACAACACUGACCUUCUUUUGGAAUUUAUGAGUCAUACUUUUUUUUUUUUUUUUUUUUUUUUUUUGCGGUACGCGGGCCUCUCCCUGCCGUGGCCUCUCCCGUUGCGGAGCACAGGCUCCGGACGCGCAGGCCCAGCGGCCGCGGCUCACCGGCCCAGCCGCU